GGAAACACGAAACGGAAGCCGAUCCCGUGGAAUUGCAAACAGAAGUGCGUCACUGAAGCUGCGGAGCGGAGAGUUUUAGUGUUUUCUGCAGAAAAUCGGCCGCAGAGGAGAAAAUAACCCCCGGUUCUGCUUCAGGGAUCAGAGAUUAAUCUGACAGCAUGGUGAAGAUCGCCUUUAACUCCGCUCUGGCGCAGAAAGCUCUGGGGAAAGAGGCGCUGGUGGCGGAGAAGGAUCCAGAGACGGGCUCCGUCUACAGUAACGAGAGCUCCACAGGCCGCUGUCUGCUCACCCUGCUGGGUCUGGCCUUUAUCUUGUCCGGGCUCAUCGUUGGCGGUGCCUGUGUGUACCGCUAUUUCACCCCUAAGAAACUGUACCACGGCUCCAUGCAGUUCACUGAGCUGGACAGUGCCGAUAUGCCGGUGGACGUGGAGGCCCGCGAGCCGUACUACCUGCCCCGCAUCGACGAGGACGUGGAGAUCCGCGAUAACGUGGCCAUCAUUAACGUUCCUGCCCCUCGCUUCGGAGAAGGAGAUCCAGCUUACAUUCUGCACGACUUUAAGAGGAAGCAGACUGCGUACCUGGACCUGACCCUCAGGACCUGCUUCGUGAUUCCUCUCAACACCUCGGUGGUCAUGCCUCCUCAGGACCUCAUGGAUCUCUUCAUGCAGCUCAUGUCUGGCUCCUACAAGACGUACUUGGUGCAUGAGGAUCUGGUGGUGACCGAACGCAUCGAUGACCUCGCCCCUCUGGGUUACUACAUUUACAACCUGUGUGAGGGCAAAGCCACGUACAAGAUGCAGCGCCGCAGUGAGAUUAUGGGCAUUCAGAAGCGCUCGGUGGAGGAGUGCUUCAAAAUCCGCCACUUCGAGAACAAGUUCGUUACUGAAACCAAGAUCUGCCGAGCCUGAGCGAGCAGGAAGUCAGGAGGGGACAGACACGACGAGGACGGGGGAGUCUCCUCCCCCUCCCCCCGCCGUCGCAGGGGAGGGGGAGGUGAGGUGAAGAGAGCUGAGAAAGGGAGGAGGAGGAGAGAGGAAUGGAGGGAGGGAGGGCUGAGAGGAAAGGGCCUGUCUUCCAACUCCUGCUGUAGAGCUUAGCUUAGGGUGUUGUUUUGUAUUACCGAGGAAAAGCAGACUUUUCUCUUCCUUUUCUUCUUCUUCUCCUUCUUCUUCUUCUCCUUCUCAUUAUUGUCCUUAUUAGGGCCUGUAUUGAUGUAGAUCUCUUAAAUCUCACAUUUCAGAUUCUCUUACAGCUUUGCCUCCAUCCACUAUAAGAUGAUUGAUUCCCUCUAUAUGCAGCUGCUUUAAUAUACAGCUGCUAUAACCUGUAAACGUUUAUUUCAGUGCUUUGAUUUGGUUUGGUUUAGUUUUACGUCUUCUGUGCUUCUCCUAGUCAAGGUUUUUGUGUUCCAUCCUAAAUCCUGAAGGUCUUAAGCCACACAUAUUUCAACCUCCAUGCAUUUUCACCUCAAUGCUUUAAUGCUUUGUCUUGGUGGAAGUGUGAGUAAGAGCAUUCCUACUGAAUCAAAACCUGACCAAGUGAUCAAUUGACCAAGCGACCAAGCUUUCAGUCUAGCGUGUGUGUGUAUGUGUGUGUGUUAGUCCUCGAAUAUCAAAUUUCCUGUUUUUAAUCACCACUCAGUGUACAAGUACUAUUAUUACUACCCCUGUGAUGUCUAGCGCACUGAUGGCCUGUGGUGUUUAAGCUUUUUUUUUUUUUUUUUUUUCUUUAGUCCCACUUUAUAAUUAGUGUUCCUAAGUACUAUGUAGUUACACGGUAACAAUCAUGGAACUACAGUGUAACUACUGAUGAAGUACACAUUGUUACAGAUUAACUACAGAGGAAUAGGUUAUGUAAUUACACAAGUGUAUUAAGGUUAAUUUUGACUUGUAAGUAUGUAAGUACAUAUGUGUACUAGGGUUUAUACUCAACUUAUCACACAGACUGUUACACAUGUGUAAGUACACACAUUGUUACAAAAUUAACCUUAAUACACAUGUGUAAUUACAUAACCUGUACCUCUGUAGUUAAUCUGUAACACUAUGUACUUAAUCAGUAGUUACACUGUAAUUACAUGGAUUGUUACCGUGUAACUACAUAGUACUUAGGGACACUUAUUAUAAAGUGGGACCUUUUUUUUUUUUUUUUUUAUUAAUAUAUAUAAAUUUGUUCCUUUUGUGUGUGUUGGGUUGUAUUUAAGAUUUAAGUCGCUGACCAUAUCCGACCAGAACAUUCAGUCUCACACAGGGCCUGGAGUACUGUAUUGCACUGUAUUGCACUGUAUUGCACUGUAUUGCGCUGUAUUGCGCUGUAUUGUGCUGUAUUGCGCUGUAUUGCGCUGUAUUGUGCUGUAUUGUGCUUUAUUGUACUGUAUGUAGCGUUUGCUUAGUAGGAAACCUGUUCUCAGAAAGCCUGUUUUCCUGCUGAUUUGAUAUAUGCAUAUAUUUAUUAUGUGCACAAUUCACAACCAAUAGAGCCAACAGACAUUAGUCAUAGAGUCAUAGAGUUCUCGAGGGCCAAAUUGUGAUUUACAUAAUAAUAACUUAUAUAUAAUAAUAAUAAUAAUAAUAAUAAUUGGUAUUAAAACAAACGAACUCUGUCACUAUAUGACUUUAUGAUGACACUUUAAGAUCAUUUUUAGAGCGUUUAGAGGUUCAGGCUGCUGUAUUCAGUUUCCAGGCCUGAUGAUGUGAACGUAUAUAAGCUCAGCAGCGCAAGAGGAGGGGGGUUUCAUAGCGGUUUCAGACGCUGAGCGGUCUAGCCUGGCCGUCUCUGCUUUCUGUCUGCUUCCCUCUCCUCUCGUCUCGUCUCAUCUCGUUUUGUGAGCUCUAGCUGGCUUGUGGCUUGUCUGUCGCUGGCUGCCUCAUGUUUUUACCCCUCUUAGCUGCGUAACGCUGCUGAGAACAGUGGUGUGUUGUUAACCAUCACUCGACUGACUGACAGUAAAUCAGCUAACUGCUCAAUCAGCUGUUCAACUGUUCAAUCAGCUAACUUUUUAAUCUUUAAAAAAAAAGGACUCGCUGAUGUGUCGUCGCUCAUCCUCCAGCAAGAGGAUGCUGUAAUGCGAUGUAAAAGUUAGAACUAAUCGAACUAGAUUCUGAUUUUUUUUGUCAGUUUAAUUUUUGUUGUUUUGUUCCUUUAAAUGUGUGGUGAGAUUUCUAAAUCUCUAAUAUCCCUAAUGUCUCUAAUAACUUUAAAAAAAAAGCAAAGUUUUGCAC